AAAAUCACAGUCGAGUCUGGUUUGCAGACUAACGACAUUGUCAUUCUUAUCCGCUUUCGCUGGCACUUGGAUUGGUUAGGAAAUUGGUAUAUUUUAUGCAGUUGUUGAGCAGAUCUGUGUAAGAAGUAUGGAUUUGACUGAAGGGUCAACCGGUCAAUCUCUGAUGUCAUCAUCUGGAGGCGCAGGAGGUCUCUUCAGCAUCACUGGCUUUGAAGAAGAUGUUUCAAAAGAUGACUCACAGCUGUCAGUAGAGGGCAGCUUCAAUGAUUCCAAUACACCUGAUGUGAGUGCUUCUCUGGACCAAUCUCUCAGUAAUCCGCAAAUCAUCACAGAUAUAUCUCAAGUUGAGAUUUUGCAGCAAGACACACCAUCUCAAGAUGCAGUUGAAACCGGUAAAGAUUCCGAGGCAGCCUCAAAGGGUAAAGGGGGCUGGCCGAAGGGGAAGAAGCGUAAGGUGAAGCCCCUGCGAGAUCACAAUGCUCCCAGGGCACCUCACACAGGGUAUGUCCGCUUCCUCAAGGAGGGACGGGAGAAGGUACGAGAAGAUAACCCCAACAUGAGCUUUGCUGAGAUCACCAAGCUACUAGCUGGACAGUGGUCUAAGAUGUCUGCUGUUGACAAACAGCGAUUCCUGGAUGAAGCAGAUCGAGACAAGGAGCGCUAUGCCAAGGAGCUUCAGCAGUACCAGCAGACAGAGGCUUUCAAGGCAUUCAGCAGGAAACAGGAGGAACGCAAGCUCAGGAAUGAGCUCAUGGAGGCUGAAGAAGCCCAAACUAAUGGCUCUGCUAUGGAGUUUAUUGACGAAAACAGAGAAGAGAUCCCGGGCUUUGAUAUCCCCAUCUUCACAGAGGAAUUUCUUAACUACAACAAAGUACGAGAGAAUGAGCUGAGGCAGCUGAGAAAGUCAACGACAGAAUACGAGGAACAGAACGCCAUCUUACAGAAGCACAUUGAUAAGAUGAAGGAGGCUAUUGAUAAGUUAGAAGCAGAGACAGUACAGCAACGUAACACUAACAUGGCACUACAGAGCCAUCUCCAGCAACUCAGAGCUACCCUCACAGCAAGCUUUGCUGGGGUCCCACUACCAGGUUCUAAUGAAGUGCCAUCACUGACCACCGUUGAUUCCUACAUGACCAAACUACAUCAGCUUAUUAUGGACUCACCCCAGAAUGAGAACCUUAUCUCAAACGUGAGAGAGAUCGUCAACAGGCUUGAUCUUCAUGGGGACGUGGAUCCAAAGUUAUGACCAUCGCUGGCUAGCCCAUCCCUUACUCUGUAUAACCAGUAGCAGCUCAGUAUACGUCAUUCAAAAUGAUCAGCCUUGUGGCCGGAGAGAUAGAUACAGAGAGAGAAGACAUCUUUUUAUGACCCACCUCGACCUCAUUAUUGUGGUCUUUAAAUAAUGUGACUGACAUUGAUGAUCAGAUAAAUGAUAUCAGGUAUUCAAGAAUGGAUUGACUCUCAUUUGCUGCCUCUGUGUACAUUCAAUGUCAUUUAGGCAAGAAUUAUAGGAAUUUCUGUUUCUUAGAAAUGUUUUGAUCGAUGGAGAGGAGCGCAUCCAUUGAUGAUCAUAAGAUGCCUGCAGCCCAUAUACAAGAAGGGACCAAUGUUCAUUUGCUGCAUCUGUCUACAUAUGCAACUGUUUUCAGACAAUAAUUCUUGAUUUCUUCAUUCAUGUCACCAGUAGUGAAUUAAGGUAGAGUUUGGAAAGGUUAAUUACCGCUAAGCAAAAUUAAGCAAGAUUUUUGCAUCAAACCAAUCAGGGUAUGGGAUUUUCUUUGUUGCUUCAGGCUUCUGUUGUAGAAUUAACCCAUGUACCUCUUUUGCUUUUCCACUAUAACCUCUAUGAACCUGAUGGUUUCACAGACUACAAACACGUGUCUGUCUUUGAUAUUACAGAGAACAGAUCAUACAGUUCAUAAUACAGUCCGUAUCAACAAAAAGUUAACCCAACUUUGGUAGCCUCUAAUUAAAAAGUUAUAACCUGUCAUAUUUCAUUGUAAGGAAGAACUAAUGCUCUGUCUAAUGAUACCAUUUUCAAAAUUGUUCUGCCAAGGAUGACUGAACAGCAGGGUUUUAAAAAGUUUUGUCAAAAUCCUCUUGUACCAAGUUUGGGCCGAGUCAAAAGCCAUGAUGUGUUUGUUAUCUCAUUCCAAAACAAUUGCUCUUUUAUUUACAUUGAUUAUUAGGCAGUUGAAGAAAAAAAAAGUUAACAUCAAACUCAAACUCAAAGAAAUGCUUAUUACAAGCAAACUUAAUGAUGUUCUCGUUAUGAUGAUUACAAUCUUAACUUCAUUCGCAUCCCUUGUUUAAAGGUAACCUUUUCAUUCAGUGAUACAAAAUGGAUAAAGUUUACCUGGGAUGUUAGCCUCUUUUUUUUAAAAGUCUGCUGUCAAUUUAUUUUAUAUUUAUCAUCAUAAAUAUUCUUUCUUGCAUUUGGGUUUAGUAACCUUGAGUUUUUGAUUGAUAUUCAAGAUAAACACAUAACAGUAAUUAAAUUUAAUCCUGUCGAUUGAAACAAGGUUCUGUGAAAGCUUAUAGUUACAUUGCAUCAUUUUAAACAAUGAAACACUGAAACAUGAGGCAUAAUUUAACUUUUAAAAGGAUUUAAGACCAAAGAAGCACAUGCAUAUGGCCUGACCCGCAUUGGUUCCUUGGAACAAGGCGAUUUUGAUAACACUUUUUAAAGACCCUGGUACUCAUUCACCCAUGGCAGAAAUACUAUGAAUAGGGUUUAAACAUUGGACAAAAAUAAGGUACUCUUCAUCAUGAAAGUAAUUUCAAAGUCAUGUCGGUUAUGACUUUUCAAUUAGGAGCUACCGAAGUUGGGUAAACUUUUUAUUGAUAUGCCCUGUAUACGUUGUUGACUCUUAUGUGCAUAAAAUGCUAACAUGUAAAAUGUAUGCUUGUGAGUUUAUGGUACUAGUUUGCAAAACAUAAAUGUAGUAAAAUCAGUGUUAUGGGCAGUAAGCUAUCCAAGUAGAUUUGAAGGAAGAAAAAAAAAUGGAAAUUUGCUUCAAAUACCACAGUUUAUAAGAACAUAAUUUAAAGUCGGUAAACAGAAUUUAUUCAUAAGAAUAGACUUUCAUAAAUAAUGAGUAGCACCAAUAACCCAUAUUCUAAAUACCCCAUGAAAAAUACUGAUCAAUGCAUCAUGAUCAAAAGAUAAGCAACUGAUUAUUCAUCUGUACAUAUAUUUUCUGCUGUAUAUUCUGCGCCUUGUAUAUGUUCCUGUAUAUACUUUACUUUGGGUGCCGCAUCAUGCCAUGAUGGAUUGAAAGAAAAUUUAUCUUUUUGUGUUUUCCACUCUCAACCCAGAUGUAGUAGAUAGGUACUUGGAAGGAAAUAACUUGUUGAAUGCUUUGAGCACCUUGGAGCAGGCAGCUCGUCUGAAUGUAGCCAGGGUGAUAGUAAUACUUUGUAGUACUUUGUAUUACACCUCAAGCAUCCACAUGGAUGGAUGGAUAUGUUCGCAAAAUAAAUUGAUUGUUAUUCUUUUAUUUGCAAUGGUCACAUAUUCAGAUCACUGACACAUGAAAAAUAAAUGAAUCAAUUGAUUGAUAUGCAUGCACAUAAAACAGUAUGUGGAGCUGCCAACAGUACAAUACAUGUAACUGUAUGUUUGAUACUAUCAAACGAAUACAAAUCGUUGUUUGGUACUACCAAUCUGUUGAAGUUCAUAAAUGGUUUGGUAACUGAUUCCCAAGAUAUACAAUGUAA